AUGCCAGAUACACAGGCAGUAUUUAAACCUAGUGAAACCAAGCAAAAAUACAGGGAGAUUCAGUGGCCUGCAAAAGUUGAAAUGCAUAGGAUUGCAGCUGAAAACUGGGGCAAUAUGAGUGCUUUACUAAACGUUGGACCAGUUGCUGUCCAGAAGGAAGAAGCGGGAGCCAGUGCCUGCAAGGGGCGUUGGGCCGGCCCAGCGGCCGCGUCCCCCACCGGGGCUGCACUCGCUGCCCCGCGGGCUCCUCUCCUAGCUCGCACCCUUCGUAGGGGCCAAAGCAGCCGUCCCGCUGCUGGGGCCCAUGGCAGGCGGGCGGGUCUCGGCGGAGUCCCCUUGUUUCACAAGGGUCCCCUGCCGGAAAACCCCGCUCCAUCACGACACAUCCCUCUUCCCUCACGGAGCCGCUCUGCCCUGACGGUCCGCCAGGAGGCGCGGCGGCAACCCGAUACGUGGUGCCGAGCCCGGCGGUGCUUUCUGUCUCCUUUCCUCAGGCGGCCGCCUGGAGGCAGAGCCCCGGCGGCUCCUCCGGUGAGCAGCGCCGGGGGCCGGCACUGCCCCCUCAGCCUGCUCCCUGCACACCCGGUGGGGUCGGGUCAGGCAGCGACCCUGGGCACCGAGACAGCGGCGGAGGGAGCCCGGCGUCCGGGCCGCGGCUGGCGGUGUGUUUGCAUGAAUGGUAUUAAUAGCCAUGUACUUGGGAUUCUGAUGAAGGGAGUAGUCAGCUUGAGUGAUUUAAUCUUCGGGCAAGUCUCAGCAGUAUCUCUUGACAUGUGGGCACUGCCUUUGUUGCAUCACCUUUGUGCAUCAAUGAAAAGUCCAAGCAUGGCCUUGUUCAAGCAACAAAAGGUGGAAGAUGCUUAUGAAAUUGGGGAAGAGCUAGGAAGUGGCCAGUUUGCUAUAGUGAAGAAAUGUCGAGACAAAAGCACCGGUGUGGAGUAUGCUGCUAAGUUCAUUAAAAAACGUCAGAGUCGAGCCAGCCGGCGUGGAGUGAGACGGGAGGAAAUUGAACGGGAGGUUACUAUUCUGCAGCAGAUCCUGCAUGCCAACAUCAUCAAGUUGCAUGACAUCUAUGAGAACAAGACUGAUGUAGUCCUCAUCCUUGAGCUGGUUUCUGGAGGAGAACUUUUUGACUUCCUUGCACAGAAGGAGUCUUUGAGCGAAGAGGAAGCAACCAGAUUCAUCAAACAGAUUUUGAAUGGUGUGAAUUACCUUCACUCUAAGAAGAUUGCUCACUUUGAUUUAAAGCCUGAAAACAUUAUGCUUCUAGACAAGAAUAUCCCUAUUCCACACAUCAAACUCAUUGAUUUUGGCCUGGCUCACAAGAUAGAAGAUGGAGUUGAAUUUAAAAACAUUUUUGGAACUCCAGAAUUUGUAGCUCCAGAAAUAGUAAACUAUGAACCUCUUGGACUAGCUGCAGAUAUGUGGAGCAUAGGAGUCAUCACCUACAUACUACUUAGUGGUGCAUCACCUUUCCUUGGAGAAACCAAGCAAGAAACACUAGCCAACAUCACAGCUGUAAAUUAUGAAUUUGAUGAAGAAUUUUUCAGCAAUACCAGUGACCUGGCAAAAGAUUUUAUUCAGAAACUCCUGGUGAAAGAUACACGGAAAAGGCUGACAAUUCAGGAAGCCCUGUCCCAUCCAUGGAUAACGCCAGUGGACAAGCAACAAGCUUUGGUUCGGCAAUCAUCUGUUGUUAACAUGGAGAACUUCAAAAGGCAAUAUGCUAGAAGGCGAUGGAAGCUUUCCUACCGUAUUGUCUCAUUGUGCAACCAGUUAUCUCGUUCACUGGUGAAAAAGGUCCUAAUUCAAGAUGAAAGUUUGAGAAACUGUGAGAGUGAUAGUGAGGACCGUUCACAAAGAAAAGCCACUCAUCAGAGGAGAAGCAGCGUAUCAUAA